UUUCAGGGCGUUGUUUGAUAGAGCUGACGAUUUCGAGGAAUAAUGGUAUCUGCCUUUCGAGUAGUUAGAAGUCGAUUUAGAAGGUGACACCGACAUGGUGGCUGAUCAUAGUGCUCGGGCCUUGACGACCGCCAUCAAACUUGAACGGACCAUCACCCUCAUCUUCGCUGGUCUUGAGAUCAUCAUCCAUGGCGGAGCCAUUUGGGGAUGGCCCUCGUACGUAUACGUCCUCAAACAAGAUGGCUUCUUCAGUGACCUGUGCCACACUGAUGAAGGUGUGGUAGGGGGUGCAGUAUUUAUUAAGAAUGUCACCUAUCAUUCCAAUGUGAACUCGACCCAUUUGGUUGACCCCAUUGGAAGUUUGAGGGAUUUCGAUAAUGAGAAAGGGAAUUCACACAACUUUUCCUCAGAUACGCUCAAUGUGCCUGCCAAUGAUUCAACGCAUACCACUGGCUGCAAUGACCAAGAUGCCAUCAUUCAACUCAUCUUUACCGUUGCCAUGGGAACAUAUCUUAUCUGCUCUUGCUGGUUGAUGAACAUCAUCGACCGAUUUGGAAUUCGCUGUGCCAGAAUAUUAAUAUUUGUUGGCUGUUUAGUGAGUUAUAUUCUUCUAGCAGUGGCUACUCCUAAAUCCUCAUUCCUAUUAUUCCCUGCCAUGACCAUGCUGACAUCAUGCGGCAGUGUCCUCCUCACCGCAAACCAACAGUUGGGUAAUUUGUUUGGUAGAGGAAAGUCCACAGUGAUGUCAUGGCUGAAUGGAUGUCUCAGUGCAUCGGUCAUCGUAUUCUUUCUUCUCAAGAUAGCUCAUGAUCACGGCAUACCUGCUCAACACUCGUUCAUUUUCCUUGCCGGGAUUACAGCCCUGAUGCUCGUCAACACUGUCAUGAUGCCAAAGAAACGUAUCCCAUGGCCACUUCCAGACGGAUACCGCCUUGGGACGUGCCUACGGGAACAGCCUUCUUCGUGCUAUGGCAAUAUCAGCAAGCAGAGGCAGUCUGGUCACCUGAGGGGCACCCACGAUCUAGGACACACUGACGAAGCCAAAGGGUUAUGCCCGGACGGGAAAUCCACCACACUCAAGAAACAAUCCCAUUUUCAUGAUAUCCAAGAGUGGGGAGAAUCUUUAAAACGCCAGAGGUACCCCAACUUUCGAGCCUGUAUCACUUCACUUCUGUUCUGGCUGGUCGUCCACUGGUUUGGUGUCAUACAACUUAAUAUUUUAUUCCUCUUUGGUACUUUUAAUUCACACAUCUCAAGACUUGCUGGUGGUGAUUUGACAGUUGUAAGUGGCUAUACCGAUGUUUUUCUCCUGCUGCAAAUACUUCCGGUGUUUUUAAGUCAACCACUCGGUCUUCUUAUGGAUCGCAACAAAGUCAAAUUAUGUCGGAAAGAGGAUGGUGCAAGCCGUGGGCCGUUUGAUGACCUGAAGGAUAUAUGUCUCCCUCUUGCGUUAAUAACCAUCACAUCCAUCAGUUACUCGGCAUGUCUUCUUGUGCCUCAUCUCCACGUGCAAUACGUAACUUUUACCCUCGUUCUAAUUGUCAUGUCCGUCCUAUGGGGUUAUCUUUCUGCCACCACGGCUAUCAUAUUUCCUAUGAAGAUUUUCUCUACCCUUGUUGGAUCGUUUCGCACUCUCGGAGGUAUCAUCGCCUUCCUUCAAUUUCCUCUCUUUAGGAUGAUACAAAACUACCUACAAAACGAUCCUUCCUAUGUGAUAAUAGGCUUAAUAGUUGCUGAUAUCACAACAUUUGCUCUUCCGGCUUACAUUUGGUACUUCGUCAAGAAGCAGGCAAAAGUUGGCCGGAUGUCUGCCACCGAACAAGUUAAUGUUUAGUUUUAUAGUCCAUCCGCCGUUCCAGAUAAUAUUUAUUUGCCUUCUUCCUGUUAAAAAUCAGCUUUUCUGAUUUCCAUUUGGUACUACAAUUGCUCGUAAAAUCCGAUGCAAAUUAGGUUAAUGUCAAUGUUAUUGUCAUAAUAAAUAUCAUUUGUUUUGAUUGUGGUUUCAUUAGUUUCCCACACAGCAUCAAUGACUAUCAGGGUCAUCAGAAGUCCCAGAUUUCAAGGAAGAGUCCCGUAUUCCAGCAAUUUGUCCCGCGUCCAAGUAUGACCCUAAAUCACUGGCGUAAAUCCCGGGCGGGAUGGGGGAUAUACCCCCUCACACACACUUUUCGAGGAGGGGGGGGUGGCCUGUACAAACACCCCCCCCCCCCACUUUUUACGAAAGAAAUGAAAAAAAAAAUCACAAGAGAUAAUUGUUUUAUUGGUGAAAAUUCUUCCUAGAAUACCGCUUAACAAAACAAUUAUUAUUGAAUCAUAAAAUGCAAAUAAAGAGCCUGUUCACCAUUUCCAAACGAAAUGAUUAUGUCCUUAUUAUAACAUUGUAGAGAAACUCCGUUUCUUCCAAUUCAUCAAUGUUGGGGUCUUUGGGAAGGGAUUAAGAUGGAAUGUCAAGCGCGUAUUCGCAUUCCGAUCAUGCGUGGUGUAUGUUCAGUUUUACCGUGGGAGGCUGUUGUAAUGAGUUUGAUGUAAUACAUGUAUGUUAGUUUGACUUCAUUAAACUUGACAACUCGUAAUAAAGAAUAUAGUUUUGGCAUCAUGUCCCAGUCCGGUUCAAAACGACGUAAAUUUAGCAAAAUAACGUCUUUCUUCAGGAGAAGAGAUGAAGAGGAUCCACAGGAAGAUGUGGCUGAAAAUGUCUCAAAUGAGUCUACAACUGCCAGUAAAGAAGAAGCCUCAACCUCCGAACCUAUCAGCGACCAACAUGACCAGCAAGACCAACAAAGUGUCAACAAACCUGUGAUUGUGAAAGUCUUGCAUCUUAUUGUUAUUAUGUAUAGCAUUAUUAUUACUCUCUAUCACUAUUAUUCUUUUAACUAUCAUAAUUAUUAUUUUUGUUAUUAUUAUCAUAGGCCCUACGUAUUAUUAUUGUUAUUAUUAUUAUUAUCAUUAUUAUGAAUAGGGAAUAGUAUUAUCCCCCGGGGGGCCACUUACAUUGACGAGUAUUACACUUUAUCGAUGAGAUUAUCCAGCAGUAUUAUCAUGGUGAUUAUCAUGACGUGUUUUGUUUUUUGCCAAAGAAUGUACAGAUAGACCUAUAUUAUCAAAGCACCGCUGUCUGAAAGUAGGAAGUUAUAUCUUGUUUUAUAUAUCGUGUUCAUGACUCUCCUUUGAUUUAUAAUGUAGAAUGAUGCAUCAUUUGAAUAAACUUAGUGAUUUGUAAAUGUUGAUGACAUGUGUAUGUGUGCGUGAGAGAGAGUGUGUGUGUGUGUGUGUGGGUGUGGGGUGUGUGUGAGAGUGUGUGUGAGAGAGAUAAAUAUGCGUGAUGGGUGUGGAUAUCCGUUAGCUUGAAGUGGAUGAUUUAUUCAUGAAUUCAUUUUUAAUAUAAUCUCUAAUAUAACCAUUAAACCAUCAUGGGGUAAAAAUGUAAUAAUAUUGGAGGGGUAUUUGCCAUAUGGACAUAUCAAGGAGUGCUGGUAACUCCUUGGACAUAUCAAUGACAAUUCCUUGCAUAUCUAAAAACAUGAUUGCAAAAAAUGCCAAAAUAUUUCAAUCAUCCCCCCCCCCCACUCCACACGGAUUUACGCCAGUGGACCCUAUAUACCCGGGACGCCGUUUUGUCCUGCGUAUCACGAUUUUGAACACAUUCAUGUGAGAAUAUUCAGGCAUUAUUUUUUUCUCAUAAACAUAGUAGGCGUACACUAUGAGAGAGAUGAAAAUGAAAUAAAAACGGCGAACUCCAACUCAUAUAAUAGAGUACCGAAGUGAUGACGUCACAAAAACUUUUUUUUUUUGGGGGGGGGGGCAUUCCAGCAUUUUUUUAUACCAUAUUUUGGUAGAGCUUGAUAGAAUAAAGUUAGAAACCAGGCGUAUAAUGACUUCUAAUUAUGUAUUCAUGAGGUCAUAUCUCAGGUCCCAAUCGACCGGUUUGCGCCAAAUCUUGGUACCGGAGGUAUUUUAUCCUGCUCUAUCAAAAUAUGGUAUCAAAAAUGCUGAAAUGCAAAAUUAAAAAAUAUUGAUGACGUCACACUUCGGCACUCUAUUCAUCAACAUAUGUUUGUUUACAAUAACUUUGUGAUUGUUCAAGUAGUGGAGGAGAAUGAGCAUAAAUACAGAGAAAUAAACAAACAUACAACGCAG